AUGGUCUACAAUCUAACUGCAGAGCUCUUUGCGGAGUGGGCUUUGGGAAUCCUGGUUGCCGGUGUUCGUAUCUAUACACGAUGCUUCAUCGAUAACAGGAAUCUCUACUGGGACGAUAUGUUUUUGAUACUUGGUCUUGUAUUCUGGACCGUGAUGACCGUCACUCUCUACCUCUGCACAGCCGUAUACAGCUCCAACAUCGGCCUGGACACCGAGACCGCCCUUCAGGUCCCCGACAGUGAAGUUGCACUGUACAAGAUCGGAUCUGUCUGCGCGUUCGUUGCCUGGCUGGCGUAUAUCCUGGCAGUCUGGGCAUUCAAAGGCGUUCUGGUGUUUCUCUACACCCGACUUACAAUGGGCCUUUGGCAGCAUCGCCUGUCUCUCGUGGUCGGGGCACUCACGGCCUGCACGUUUCUCACAUCCCUGAUAUUCGACCUUGCAGUCUGCCACCCGAUUCACAAGAACUGGCAGGUCAAGCCUUACGCUGGAGACAACUGCACCAUCCGCCCACUGAACUACAUCGUCAUCGAAGUCCUCAGCAUCAUAACCGACCUCGCAAUAAUGUGCGUCCCAAUCCCGCUCGUCAUCGUCGCCCGAAUCCCCUCCUCGCAAAAGCUCAUCCUCGCCGCCCUCUUCUGCUCCGGCAUCUUCGUCAUGAUCUGCGCCAUCCUGCGCGCCUACUACUCCGUCACCCAAAUCGACACCCUGGCUACAGCGCUCGGCUGGGCGUCCCGCGAAUGCUUCGUCUCCGUAUUCAUCGUGUGCGCACCAGGCAUAAAACCUCUGUUCACGCGCUUUCGCUGGUUCCGGACCUACGGCUCUAGUAAUGGGUAUACGAAUACGAAUACAAAUUCGAAUGCGAAGUCGCGGGGCACUGGGAAGGUGUUUUCGUCGAAGAAUAGCCAUAACUUCAACACGCUUGUUUCGGCGCAUGAGCGCGAGCCGUAUGAGAUGGACACGUCGGUGGGGUGGAAGAAGGGGAAGAAGAGUCGGGGGUCGUCGGAGGAGAGCCAGGAGCAUAUCAUCUCGUCGACGCCCGAUGGGAUGGGCAUUAGGGUUACCACUGAUGUGCAUCUUGCCCUGGAGGAGAGUCGGACUAGACGAAGCAGUUUUGAGUCGAAGGGAUAG